UACACGGUCCCACUGCUAAUGACCAACAGCUGAUCGGAGCGAAAGUGACACGACGGCAGAGAAAUUGAAAGCGAAUUCGCGUUUGAAUUGAUUACCUUAUUGUUUUCUUUAACAAAACUUUGCGCUCGUCGCCAGGAUGUCUCACGCAAUAGACGAACUGCAGGCAAUCAUCGCCGAGUUAAAAGUUGAGCUCGAGGAGCAAAAGACUUCUAAUCGGCAGGCACGCAGCCGAAUCGAUCGUAUGUCCGCAGAGGUGGUGGACUCCAAUCCCUAUAGCCGACUCAUGGCUCUUCAGCGGAUGAAUAUUGUGAAGGAGUACGAACGCAUUAGGGACAAGGCGGUAGCCGUCGUUGGCGUUGGAGGCGUGGGAAGCGUUACUGCCGAUAUGCUCACCCGCUGUGGCAUCGGAAAACUAAUUCUGUUCGACUACGACAAAGUGGAAUUGGCGAAUAUGAACCGGCUGUUCUUCACACCCGACCAAGCGGGACUCUCAAAAGUGGAGGCCGCUGCGCGUACGCUGAAUUUCAUCAACCCGGACGUGCAGAUUGAAACUCAUAAUUACAACAUAACGACGGUGGACAAUUUCGAUCGCUUCUUGGCAACAAUAACAGAGAGUGGAAAGGAACUUGGGCAACCUGUAGAUCUCGUCCUAAGCUGUGUGGACAAUUUUGAGGCCCGAAUGGCGAUCAAUGCUGCCUGUAAUGAGCGAAACCUAAAUUGGUUCGAGUCGGGUGUUUCGGAGAAUGCCGUUUCAGGACACAUCCAAUUUAUUCGACCGGGAGACACAGCCUGUUUUGCCUGUGCUCCACCCUUGGUGGUGGCUGAAAAUAUUGAUGAAAAGACCCUGAAAAGGGAAGGUGUGUGCGCCGCAUCUUUGCCCACAACUAUGGGCAUCACAGCAGGUUUCCUGGUGCAAAAUGCCUUGAAGUAUUUACUGAACUUUGGCGAGGUCUCUGACUAUCUGGGAUACAAUGCCCUAAACGACUUUUUCCCAAGGAUGACACUGAAGCCAAACCCUCAAUGCGAUGAUAGAAAUUGUUUGCUACGACAAAAAGAGUUCCAGGCGCGGCCCAAGCCGAUAGAGGUUAAGGAGGAUGUCAGUUCCAGCGAUGAGCCCCUGCACGCUACCAACGAAUGGGGGAUUGAGUUGGUGGCGGAUGAUGAACCCGUCAACUGUCCAGAGCCAGCGAAAUCAUCGGCCGUGGUUCAGGGCCUAAAACUCGCCUAUGAGGCCCCAGAAAAAGAGAAGGUGGAGGAAGAAAAUGUUGCAACUGUUUCGGACGAAACCAGCUUAGAGGAUCUAAUGGCGCAAAUGAAGUCGAUGUGAAAAUUUUUUUGUUAUAUUGAAUUAUUGAACAACACAAUUUUACAAAGUGAAAAAAUAGAAAAAAAAAUGCUGUAAAUGAAUGCUCUAUUUUCGAAAAUUAUUGUAAUAUCUGCAAUUUCUUCUUAUCUUUCCUGAAAGUGAAGAGGAUUUAGAUCUAUUGAAUAUAUAUGUCUUAGAAUUAUUUUUUUAUUAAAACCAACAAGUUUUUUACAUAAAUAAUACUUUACGGCACACAUUCUUUAAACGUUUUCCAAAGCUUAAAGCUAAGGAAUCUGAUAAGAACCUAUGUAUAUACCAUUCAAAUGUGAAAUAUAUCUGACUAACUAUGGCAGCUAA